AUGGCGGGAUCAGGAGGUGGAGGAGGAGGAUGGCGGGAUUCUUUUAGAGGAAUGUCAUAUGAUAACAUCAAGGGUUUGGUGUUGGCAAUCUCUUCUAGUUUAUUCAUCGGAGCUAGCUUCAUCGUCGAGAAAGGUCUCAAGAAAGCCGCCACCACCGGCACCAGGGUAGGGCAGGACAAUGUUAACAACAGUGCUGGACAAAAGGGGUCAGUUCCAUUUCCGGCAGAUGAUGUCCUGUUGACAAUAACAUUCCGAAAUUCUGUCGAUGUCGAGAGGAGGCUGUUAUUAAGACUUUGGCUGCCAAAAACACAGGGUGGAUCUUCUACUGUUGUCCCAAUGGCUCUGAGGGGAUUUUUAGCUUAUACACCACAGGAUAAAAUUUAUUUGUUCACUUGGACUGACGAACAUUUGGUUGAAGAGGUUGAGAAUUUAAAAAGUAUGGUUAGUGAUUUAAAAGUGGAGCUAUUGGAGGUUAAUCUGAUAUUGUUGGUCUGGAGAAGCUCGAACAUAGCACUAUUAUGA